AUGACGAUCUCGACGCUGGGCAUCCUGGUGCAUGUGACGCCCACGCUCGUGGGGAAUGCGUGUCGGCACUAUGUGCGCUUUUUGCUCGGCUGCGGGUGGUGUGCGCCGCGGGAGUCGGCGAACGAGUUUCUGUAUGACCAGCUCUUCCACCUGAUUUCCAAGCUGACCAUCUAUUUGACGCACCACACGGCCGAGGACGUGCAGAAGCUGACGGACCAGCUGGUGCCUGUGCCGCCGUGGUGCUAUGAUCAGCAGGUCAUGAUCCCGCUCGAGUGCUGUCACAAGUCGGCGGCGCUCCUGCAGACGUACUUUGGCCCCGAGAUGAUGCAGUCGUUUAUCGGGGGUCCGAGAUGGUGGCAGAUGCGGAGUCAGGCGGGCAUCCCGGCUGACUGGAUCGCGCACUACUCGGACUACCACUCGGCCAUGGCGAAGCGCGGGCGAAAGGGGGGGUACCACACGUCGAUGCUGCACCGCCUGACGCGGCACACGGCGCGCGUCAAUCCGCGGCAUGAGCACCCCACGGAGCCGGACCCGCAUCUCGUGCGCGAGGCUGGGCGCUUUGCUGAUACCACCGAAGAGUCGGAGCGUCUCUCGCGCAUCGUGCUGUACAUCCACGGCGGUGCCUACUACUUUGGCUCGGUCAAUACGCACAAGUACAUGAUCCACCGGCUCACGACCAAGUUUGGGGGCUUCGCGCUCGCCGUCAACUAUCGCAAGGCGCCGCAGUUUCCGUUUCCGUGCGCGAUCCAAGACUGCCUCGCUGCGUACUUGUACCUGAUCGAUCCGCCGUCCGGCGCACCUCACCCCCCGAUUGAUCCGUCGCGCAUCGUUGUCGCAGGCGACAGCGCUGGCGGCGGACUCGCACUCGCGCUCCUCCAGCUCAUCCGCGAUCUCGACUUGCCGCGGCCCGCAGGCGGCCUGCUCCUAUCGCCGUGGAGCGACUUGACGCAUUCGUUUCCCUCCAUCUUGCAAAACACCAAGACGGAUUACAUUCCGCCGUACAGCUUCCUCCACCGGCCCAGUGUCUUGUGGCCGCUGCCGCGGGACGCCGGGGCGUUUGUGCGCACGACGGGCCUGCUGCGCCGCUUUCGCGGCAAAAAGGCGGGGCUGUCAGUCGAGGCGAGUGGCCCAUGGCAUGCGCGGCCGCUGUACAUGACGCAGGCGGAUGGCACGGCCGCGCCGAUCAAGUCGCAGAUCCAGCUGUACGCGACGAAUGCGCAGCUGCGGCACCCGCUCUGCUCCCCUGCGCUGGCCGGCAGCCUCGGCGGCCUGCCGCCGCUCUUUGUGCUCGCCGGCGAUGACGAGGUGCUGCGUGACGAGAUUGUGUACCUGGCGCACAAGGCAGCGAACCCGGCGGCGUACCCCACGAAUCCGGCACUGCUGCGCGAGUUUCCGCAAACGCGCCGCGCUGCUGAGCGAUACACGACGCCGACGGACGUGCACCUGCAGGUGUUUGAUGGCCAGUGCCACGUCUUUCCCAUGUUUAUGUACACUCUGUCUGCGCGCUACGCCUUCCGCGCGAUGGCCUCGUUCAUCAAGCGCGUUACGGGUGCGCCGUGCCAAGCGAGCAGUCCUGUGACGCAGUCUUGGGGCAGUGCGCCUCCGGGCAAGAACAAGUAUGCGGCCCACGUGCCGCUCGAGCGCCCGCACUUCCGCGACCACAUGAUCCGUGAGCGCAUCGCGCGCGACGGCGAUGUGCGCCCGAUGGAGAGCGUGGAACAGAUCCCGUGUCUCAACCUGCCCCUGUCGUCCAUCGGCCUGAUUUAUCCCGCGACGUACGCACGCUUCCGCAAGGGCCACACGAUCUGGGAUAACAAGUACCAUCGCGAUAUCAAGCGCAUCAAAAAGAAGCGCGCCCGGAUGGAGCGGCGCAUCACACGCAUCCUAUCCAAGGCGCAGACAGAGGGCCUGCUGGAGAACCACGGCGACAUCGACACUCACGGCACGCGCUGGACAGAUCUCGGCACGUACGGCCCCGCUGACCUGCGCGACGAGACACCGCCGCCCUCGGCCAUCGUCGCACGCCGCGAUACCCCCGAUGCGUUGGCCCUCCUCAAGCUCGGUCUGCACCUGCGCGCCAAGCGCCGGCAUGCCCAGAGCCCGCAUGACCGCCCGCCUGGCGGUGGUGGCCAGCAGCGCCGCUCGCUGGCCGACGAGGCACCGCGCCGCGCCUACUCGAUGGGCGAGCAUGUGCACACGGACGACGAGCGGCCUGUGCCGCUCGAUCAGUUUGGGUGGUGGCGCUCGCUACUCGUGCGCGGCCGCCCGUCUCGCUCGUAG